GUUUGGACUAAGCAACAAAUUCGAAGCAGAAUUUCCUUCCUCUCUAACUGGAAAGGUUGCACCCGAAGAAUUUAAAGCCAGCAUCAGUAGAGUUAACAGUUGUCUUAAGAAGAACCUUCCAGUUAAUGUACGAUGGCUACUAUGUGGAUGCCUUUGCUGCUGCUGCACUUUAGGUUGUAGUAUGUGGCCAGUUAUCUGCCUCAGUAAAAGAACACGAAGAUCGAUUGAGAAGUUAUUAGAAUGGGAAAACAAUAGGUUAUACCACAAGCUGUGCUUGCAUUGGAGACUAAGCAAAAGGAAAUGUGAAACGAAUAACAUGAUGGAAUAUGUCAUCCUUAUAGAAUUUUUACCAAAGACACCGAUUUUUCGACCAGAUUAA